AUGGCGCAUCUUACACGCGAUGAAGUCCUCAAGUCAGGUGAGGUAUCCGAGUUUGUCGCCGUCUCCAACGACUUUCUUCCAAAACAGAAACAACAAGCAUUAUUCGUCAUCUCAUCAGAUUCCCAGGCUUUCGAGUCUCGCCCUGUAGACAUCACUGGCGACGACUUUUUCGCCCACCGCGCGUCUCGUGCAGACCACCUCUUGCGCCUACGCCAUCUCUACCCGAUCCCCGGCCCCAUCCCAGAUCUUGUCCAAGAAAGUUUACAUGAUGUACCUACUCGAGAUGGGGCAUCCAUCCGCGUUAAAGUCUACCAAUCCGUUGCCGGUCCGCCGGAAGAUGGUAGUCCGCUCAUCAUGAUGUACCAUGAAGGAGGCUGGAGUAUGGGUGACUUGACAGACGAAGAUCUGAAUUGCAGGAUGUUUGCCAGAGACCUGAGGGCUGUUUGUGUGAACGUUGAGUAUCGUCUAGCACCCGAGCACAAGUUUCCCACUGGAGUGCAUGACUGCUAUGACGCCCUACUAUGGAGUCUGAAGAACAGCGCCACACUUAACGCAACACCCUCCCGUGGUCUCCUUGUCGGCGGCGCAUCAGCAGGAGGUAACAUCGCCGCCGUCCUCGCUCUCCUUGCUCGAGACGAAAAGCUCAGUCCACCCAUCACCGGCCAGUAUCUAUGCGUCCCCGCACUGCUCCCUGAUACAAACGUCCCGCCUAACCUGGUCCCACUCUACCUAUCUCGGACGCAAAGUACCAACGACCCAGUUUUGAAAGGUAUUCCACCGGGUAUGAUUGAGGAGAUUUAUGCUCCUGACCCUAAAUCUCCUCUAUGGGAUCCAUUCAACCACCCAGAUGGGCAUGAAGGUGUGGCAAAAGCCUUCUUCCAGGUCGGUGGCUUGGAUCCGUUGAGGGACGAAGCGGUGCUUUACGAUAGAAUCCUGAGAGAGAAUGGAAUACUGACGAGAUUUGAGUUGUACGCUGGGUAUGGACAUAUGUUCUGGACAAACUAUCCGGAGCUGGAGGAGAGCGAGAAGUUUGUCAAGGAUACGUUGAAUGGUGUAAAGUGGUUGUUGGGGAAAUAG